AUGGAGCUGCGCUCGGAGCUGCCCAGCGUGCCCAGCGCGGCGACAGCAGCGGCGACAGCGACGGGGCCGCCAGUGGCGUCGGUGGCGUCGGUGGCAGCGGCAGCGGCGGCGGCUGCGUCGCUGCCGGUGAGCGUAGCCGGCGGCUUGCUGAGGGCCCCGCCGCUGCUGCUGCGGGCGGCGGAGAAGUAUCCGCGGACCCCUAAGUGCGCGCGCUGCCGCAAUCACGGGGUGGUGUCGGCGCUCAAGGGCCACAAGCGCUACUGCCGUUGGAAGGAUUGCCUGUGCGCCAAAUGCACGCUCAUUGCCGAGCGUCAGCGCGUCAUGGCCGCGCAGGUGGCUCUGCGCAGGCAGCAGGCGCAGGAGGAAAACGAGGCGCGCGAGCUGCAGCUGCUCUACGGCACCGCGGAGGGGCUGGCGCUGGCCGCAGCCAACGGCAUCAUCCCGCCACGGCCAGCCUACGAGGUCUUCGGCUCAGUGUGCGCCGCCGAUGGCGGGGGACCCGGAGCGGGAGCGCCUGCGGGGGCCGGAGGCGGAGCAGCGGGCGCUGGGGGCGCAGAGGCCAAGUUGCAGAAGUUUGACCUGUUUCCCAAGACGCUACUGCAGGCAGGCCGCCCAGGCAGCCCGCAGCCGCUGCUGGGGAAGCCAUUGUCCCCUGACGGCGCGGACUCGGGUCCUGGGACAUCAUCCCCGGAGGUGCGGCCGGGCUCAGGCUCGGAGAACGGCGACGGCGAGUCAUUUUCGGGGUCGCCCCUGGCCCGGGCUUCUAAGGAGGCAAGUGGCAGCUGUCCGGGCAGCGCUGGCCCCAGUGGCGGCGGCGAGGAGGACAGCCCCGGCUCCGCCAGCCCUCUAGGCUCCGAAUCCGGCUCAGAGGCAGACAAGGAAGAGGCGGAGGCCGGGCCGGCCCCGGGGCUGGGCGGAGGCCCGGGUCCACGGCAGCGGACGCCGCUGGACAUCUUGACGCGCGUCUUCCCAGGCCACCGGCGCGGCGUCCUGGAGCUGGUGUUGCAGGGCUGCGGCGGCGACGUGGUCCAGGCCAUUGAGCAGGUGCUGAACCAUCACCGCGGAGGGCUGGCAGCCGGCCUGGGCCCUGCGGCGCCCCCUGAUAAAGCCACCAUGGGCGCAGCAGCUGCCACGGACGACGCGUGGCCGGGUCGCGUCGACGCUGCUGCAGCCGCCGGGGGACCUGGGCUGCCCGCGCCGCUGCAGGCCGGCCCCGCCGCACCCCCGCACCACAGACCCUUACUGGCCGGCGCCAUGGCGCCCGGGGCGCUGGGCUCACUGAGCAGCCGCUCAGCCUUCUCUCCGCUGCAGCCUAACGCCAGUCACUUCGGCGCCGACGCGGGCGCCUACCCCCUGGGCGCGCCUCUCGGCCUCAGCCCGCUGCGCCUGGCCUACUCCGCUGCGGCGGCGCACAGCCGGGGUCUGGCCUUCAUGGCGCCCUACUCCACCGCCGGCCUGGUGCCCACUCUCGGCUUCCGCCCACCCAUGGACUACGCUUUCAGCGAUCUCAUGCGCGACCGCUCGGCAGCCGCCGCGGCAGUGCACAAGGAGCCAACCUACGGCGGCGGCCUCUACGGGCCGAUGGUCAACGGCGCCCCGGAAAAACAGUAGGGCGAGAAGCCCGGCAGCCGGGCAGCCCCCAAACAGGGACCUCAGUCUUGCCCCCGCGGGCCGCGGCCCUUUUUGGCCUAUUGGUGCGCUCUCUGCGCCCUGGCUGGAGUCCUCCGCUCCAAGGUGGUUUUCGAUUUUGUUUUGGAGGGUGGUUGGAAGAGGGCCGAGGAAAAGGGAGCUGCUACUUUUUUUACAGGUGCGGAUGUUCUCGGAGAGGUGCGCAGUCUGGGUCCUCAUUGCCCACCCUCCAGCCACCGUGGGGAGCCCCCACCUUAAGGUACCUGAGCUCCUCAAAAGGCGAGGGAUCCACAGAAAUUCCCAGGCCGCGGCCGCUUCUCGCUCCUUUAGCUGUGUUCCUCUCGUCCGCCUGCGCUCUCAGUUGGAUGGCAGGAGAGUCUGAGAGUCUGUCUUCUGUGUCUCCCUCCCGUUUUUUUUUUUAAUUUUAAUUUUACAUAUUUGCUCUAACAAAUAUAAAUUUAGGAUGUAUAAAUCUUUUGGCACUGAGUCGAGUCUUGGGGACACAUAUACUUAUAUCGAUAUCAAUUGUAAAAAAAAAAAAAAGGAAACAAGUUCUAAGGUGCACUUUCCUCGUUGCGGUAUUUGUCGCUCUCUUUGUUGCUUAUGCCGAUAAGCAUGGGUUUCCUUGGUGCAGUGUGAGUUUUUAUAUAUGUAUAAAUCUAUAUAUAAUCUAUACAUAUAUAUAUACAAGCCAGUGUAUAAUGUUAUAAAAUGGAAUUCUAAGUUAUUAAUUGUAAUCUGUAGGUGACCUUGGUAUUAACGUGAAGAACUUUCAAAAACAAGCAAAAAAAAUGGGAAAAAAUUAGACUAUGUGCGCAUUGUACUUAUCAGGUUUUAUAGAUUAAAUAUAUUGUAAACUCGGGCUGAAUCCUGCCCCCACCCCUCUUGCCUGCGGUGGAUCUCGCCCUAAGGAACCGUCGAAGUGCGCGCUGAAGCAGGGACAGAGGGACGUGUGACUGAGCCAGACCUGCUCGCGCGGGCGUGUCCUGGCCUCUGGGACUUGCCAACUGCCCCCGCUGAGGGGCCGAGUGGCGGGCAGCAGGAGACCCUGUUGCUGAGAACGGCUCAAUUUGUGCUUGCCUUUGCAUAGACAUGAGCUAGAAAUAAAUGUUAUUUUCUAAGAAAACAACGCCGACUCCAGCCCCGCUCCUCGGGAGAAUGACACGGU